AUGUCCUUGUGGGGAAAGACUACAAAGCUGAACAUAAGAUCUAUUUCAAAUAAUCACCUUUUACAUCUCUAUAACUUUGUCAUACUCAGUAAUCCUAAUGACAACUAUGAACUUAUUCUUGAAACACAUUCACGAUGCCAUUUUUUGAGCUAA